AUGGCCGAGGUAUUCAAGGGAAGAGUUAUUGUGGAGGGCUCUUGGAAUGAAGAGGGCGACGCAAACUACAUGUGGAAGAAGAUGGCGACCUGCAUUCGGAAGGUAGCUUCGGAAGUUUUUGGGAUGACCAGAGGGGGUGGGUGCAAAACUAAAGACAUGUGGUGGUGGAACGAGGACGUCCAGAGGGCUAUUAAGGAGAACAAAGAGUGUUAUAAGUGUUUGUUUCUUGAUAGGAGUGCAGAUAAUAUAGAGAAGUACAAGGUGGCACAGAAGAUCGCAAAGCGAGCUAUGAGUGAGGCGAAGGGUCGGGCUUAUGAGGAUAUGUACCAACGACUGAAUACAAAGGAAGGAGAGAAGGACAUCUAUAGGAUGGCGAGGGUGCAUGAGAGAAAGACAAGGGACUUCAGCCAGCUGGACGACUCUUUUGAUGACACCAACAGGCGCUUUGUGAGGAGGAUUCUAGAAUCUGAGGUCAAAGAGGCGUUGAAAAGGAUGAAAGGAGGUAAGGCGACAUGCCCUGAUGGUAUUCCAGUCGAGGUGUGGAGGUGCCUAGGUGAUAUAGCUAUAGUUUGGCUAACAAAACUUUUCAACCGUAUUUUUCGGUCGAACAAGAUGCCUGAAGAGUGGAGAAGGAGUAUAUUGGUGCCGAUCUACAAGAACAAAGGGGAUAUUCAAAGCUGCACCAACUACCGGGGAAUUAAGUUGAUGAGCCAUACUAUGAAGCUAUGGGAGAGAGUUAUUGAGCAUCGUUUGAGAGGGAUGACGCGGGUCACUAUGAACCAGUUUGGUUUCAUGCCUGGAAGGUCAACCAUAGAAGCAAUUUUCCUAAUAAGACAUGUCAUGGAGCGGUAUAGAGAGCAGAAGAAGGACCUACACAUGGUUUUCAUUGACUUGGAGAAGACUUAUGACAAGAUACCACGAAAUGUGAUGUGGUGGGCUUUGGAUAGGCAUAAAGUCCCAACAAAGUAUGUGGCCCUCAUUAAGGACAUGUACAAUAAUGUCAUCAGAUGCCUCAAAGGUCUGGUGUUCUACAUUUCAGUUAGUCCACUAAAGGUGAAACCAGAAAGCAAUUGA